UGGUUUAAUGGGAGAAAGGCUAGACUUCUAGUGCACGAGGAUACAUUAACGAAUACGCAUGGACAUAUCCGCUGAUAAAUUGUCAAAGAGUCCAAGCAAUGGCCCGGAAUAACAUUUGAAUUGGUUAAGGUAACCAGUGCUGGCUGAAACCUUCCCCAGCACUAGACCACUUCUGAUUUGAGUGAAGGGGACCAGAGUGUCUUCUCCUUCUGUGGGACUCCCUCAGUAGACAGAACCUCCCCCUUACCCCCAUUCCUCCGCAGACCACCAUGGGCGAAGUAGUCAUUGUGAAGGAGGGAUGGCUUCACAAACGAGGAGAGUACAUAAAGACUUGGAGACCCAGGUAUUUCUUGCUGAAGAGCGACGGUACGUUCAUCGGGUACAAGGAGCGACCGCAAGACAUCGAUCAACUGGAGACGCCACUCAAUAACUUCUCAGUAGCACCAGAAUGUCAGCUGAUGAAAACAGAGCGUCCUAAGCCCAACACAUUCAUCAUCCGCUGCCUGCAGUGGACCACUGUCAUAGAGCGCACCUUCCACGUGGAUAGCCCGGAGGAGAGGGAGCAGUGGACGAAGGCCAUCCAGGAGGUGGCUGAUGGGCUGCAGAAACAGGAGGAGGAGAGGAUGGACUCCUCACCAGACCCCAUGGACAUGGAGAUGUACCUCACCAAACCCAAACUUAAAGUGACUAUGCACGACUUUGAAUACCUCAAGCUCUUGGGAAAAGGCACUUUUGGGAAGGUUAUCCUGGUGAAGGAAAAAGCCACAGGAAAAUACUACGCUAUGAAAAUCCUCAAGAAAGAAGUGAUUGUGGCGAAAGAUGAAGUAGCGCACACGCUCACUGAAAACAGAGUACUGCAGAACUCCAAACACCCCUUCUUAACGGGUCUGAAGUACUCCUUCCAAACGCCUGACCGCUUGUGUUUCGUCAUGGAGUAUGCCAAUGGAGGAGAGCUGUUCUUUCACCUAUCACGAGACCGUGUGUUCUCCGAGGAGAGGGCCCGGUUCUACGGAGCGGAGAUCGUGUCGGCGCUGGACUACCUCCACUCGGAGAAGAACGUGGUUUACAGGGACCUGAAGCUGGAAAACCUGAUGCUGGACAAAGACGGCCACAUCAAGAUCACAGACUUUGGCCUGUGUAAGGAGGGCAUCAAGGACGGGGCCACCAUGAAGACCUUUUGUGGGACGCCAGAGUACCUGGCCCCCGAGGUGCUGGAGGACAAUGACUACGGUCGUGCUGUGGACUGGUGGGGUCUGGGUGUGGUUAUGUAUGAGAUGAUGUGCGGUCGGCUGCCCUUCUACAACCAGGACCAUGAGAAGCUGUUUGAGCUGAUCCUGAUGGAGGAGAUCCGCUUCCCUAGAACCCUGGGGCCCGAGGGAAAGUCCCUGCUCUCUGGCCUGCUCAAGAAGGACCCCAAGCAGAGGUUAGGUGGAGGGCCUGAUGACGCCAAGGAGAUAAUGCAGCACAAGUUCUUCGCUGGGAUCGAGUGGCAAGACGUGUAUGAGAAGAAGCUGAUCCCGCCCUUCAAGCCCCAGGUCACCUCGGAAACAGACACCCGCUAUUUUGAUGUGGAGUUCACCGGGCAGACCAUCACCAUCACGCCUCCAGGACAAGAUGACAGCAUGGAGUCUUUCGACAGCGACAGGAGACCCCACUUCCCCCAGUUCUCCUACUCUGCCAGUGGGACAGCCUGAAACCGAAGCCUAGACCCCCUCUACCCUCUCCUCACCCUCUUACAGACCAUACUGCUCUCACCCUAAUGCCCCAAUCUCUGAACAGACCUCAUCCUCAUAGGCCAUCUAUGACCUCACUCAUGUUUAUCUUCUUUUUUGUCUGUUUGUUCUGUAAUUGUUGGGGCACAUCUCAAUUGUCUAGUGUGGCUUCUUAGCCUGUUCUCCUCUUCAGAUGAGUCCAGGGGAGGAGAGGAGACGAGGAGUGGAAGGCCACUUUCGACUAUUGAGUCUCCCUUGGUGUCACCAGUGUUUCAAAUACUGUACUUGUGUUGCUUAGAGGGGAGGAGUCGGUUGCCUGCCAAUAGGAAAACACUUGGACUAGAGGUCAAAAGUCACUAAGAUACAGUGGUGACCGGCCAACCUAAUUCUUCAUGGCAACAUGAUUUCCUGUCAAUGAUACAUAUGCAGCUAGCCUCAAAAGAGAAGCACAGUUAUACACAAUCUCUGAAAAUUAGCUUUUUAAACGGUACACUAUCUAUUUCUACAAAUUAUUAGCUUUAUAUUUUGAGGGAGCAAAGGAAACAUCAUAGCGUGAUCUUUAGAAAUAGUCCUCCUUCUUCCCAUCUUCUUCUACUAGCCACCACUGCCAUUGUGCUCUCAAAGACUCUCACAGAUAUUCAGAGGUUUGCGAGAGGUAACACUAAAGCUCCACACCUGGGUUGUGUUCAGUAGGGCACCACAAAGCAAAACGUUUUGAAAUCGAAAAUGAAAAUAUGUGUUCUUAUUAAACAAGUUCCCGUAGCACAGGGAUGGGCAACUUUGGUGAGGGUGGGGGCCACAAAAAAUCAGAACUCAUCACGAGGGGCCAUACCCACGCAUGCAGUCAGUCCGGCCCUAGCCUUUUGGGGGGCCCUAAGUUAGAAUUGCAGUUCAUUUCCUGCUAUUCUACACAUUUUGCCAUAGGGUGGAGAGAAAUGUUUUUAAUAUGCAGUUUUGCAGUUUUUAAUAUAUCUGAGUGAGAGUGACUAAUAAAAUCAAUGGGGGCCCCCCGGCCGUUAAAUUGACCAUAAUUACUAUAAGUUUAGAUAGCUGGCUAGAAUAACUACCAAUCUAAAAUAUCUUAGUUGACAUGGGCUAAUUGAGGGACUGUCAGUGACUGACAUAACAAGAGAAACUGCUUAUGCACAACCAAAUUUCAAAAUUGCACCUUGUGUAUUCUACUAUUCUUACUCUACACAAUAAGAUACGUUGUUUUUGGAAAGUUGCCCAUCCCUGCAAUAGCACCUCCUGUUUGCUUUCUCAUAUUUUGUGACUUCUGAACAUGACCCUGCUGUCUCUCACCUCUCAAAUGUUGAUCCUCCCAAACACACACACCUUUAUAGUAGCAGUGAGGACUAGACUACUGAAAUGGAGUCUAUAGAAUGAUCUGUUAUUCUACUUUUCUUCAGUGUUACUGGCCUCCCUCGCCUUCUGGCCUAAGCUUUCCUUAGUUAAGAGUGACUACAGUACAGUGAAAGUUUGGUGUACGGGAUCACACCAUCUGUAAAUUGGCAUGGCGCAGAGUGAAAUCCACAAAACGGUGUGUGGAUUAUAAAGGACAUGUUUUGUGGGGGUUGGUGUAUCUGGCUACCUUUAUGAUUUGGGAAAUAGCUUGUUUUCAUGCGAAUAGCAAUCUUGGUAUUCCGGUACAACACAGCGGGCAAAAGUUGCUGCUGCGACCACAGUAGGUUGUAUGGUGAAAUGACUGGAUGUACGUACUUGUUUUGUUAGAAAGGCCACUAUAUCCAUUUACCCAUUAAACAAAUGGGCUCUGUUGAAGUCAUGUGUAAGGAACCCUUUUGUUGGUUUAUAUUUCUCUAUCAAAGCUAUAGACAUAUACAACUUCAAAGUACAUUGAGAUGAGUUAGCUAAUAAAAGUUACUUUUUAUAUCUAGCAGAGAACCAUGCUCGUAGACCUGUUAGCUGCUAGCUACAUGUUGAUAAUAGAAAUCAACUUUUAAAAAACAAAUGUGUUUUUCUACCAGCAUGCCAUUGAAUGCUGACACAUGCAUGGCUUAAACAACGGAAGAGUCUGAAGCUCGCCUGUAAAGAUUUUAAAACGAUUUACCAACCAAGCAGUUGCUCCACAACUAUCUGGUAUUGAGAGCACAGGUCACAGUCCGAACAAUGUAUAACAAAACUCUUACCAGCCAUGUUCCAGUACAUAUUCUGAAGACCCUUAGCUUGGUGGACAGUUUCUGUAUACUGUGGGAAGACUACCUGGUCUAAGUAAAUGUAAUUGUGCAAUAACAUAGGGCUGUGGUAUGAGAGGAAAGAAGGAGCAAACAUAUUUGUGACUGGAAUCCUCGUGAGGGUAGAUGGGAUAAGGGCUGGGCAAUGCUGAUACAAAAUGAAUGGUUUGAAAUGAAUGUCUUUCUUUUAGCUAGAACUGUGACCAAAGUCCUGUUUAGUUUGUGUGAGAUUUACAACCUCGCCCUGACCCUUAACCUUACCGGAGUCGCACUGACUGACAACUGGGGGAUAUGAUCAUCUGAAAGGCAUGCUCGUGUACUGAUACGAACCUUUGGAAUUGAGUGUACAAAAUGAAUGGUGUGAAUGUUCUGUUCUACCAACAAAUUGACCUUCUCUUUGCUGUUAGAUUCUCAACAGGUAGCCUGUUAUUUGUUUGUACGUUUAAUUGUUUAUUGUUUUGCGAUCCUUUCCAGUUAUUGGGUGUUUUCUCCCCAAUGCUUUUAGCAACACCUCACUGAGGUCACUGUUACAGUACUCAACCCUUUUAGACAGACAGCUACUGUACAUAGACAGUUACUGGUGCAGCGAAACACACCAAACAGGCUGUGACUAUAUCCACAAUCAAGGAAGGAUGACUGUAUUUGUGUGUGUGUGUACACAAGCGAUUGUGCGGACAGGUCUGUGAGGCCAACAAUUCAAUGCAUUUGUAUCAGUGAUUUGUAAAAAAACUCACUGGCUAUGUAUGGUAUGUUAGUCAAGGAAAACAAAUGAGAAUCUUACCUUUUUACAUAUUAAAUCAAAAAUAUUUGAGACGUAAAUACCUCAAUGGUCUUAAUUGAAUCCAAGUGAGGAUAUCCACAUUUUGCUGAUGGUAAUUUACGUUGUGUCCAGAUGCCCUAGAUUCUAGGUUUAAGUGUUAAGGCCUUAUUUAAUUUGAAGUUAGUUGAAACCCCUCUGAAUAUAAAUUAUUUAUUUAGGAAAGGGUUCAAAAUGUUCACUGAACAAUACAAUUAAUAAUUAAUGUUAAAGAAAUUAUAAAUGAAUGUAAAACAUAUAUUUAAUUUUGUUGACCCAUUCCAGUUUUGUAUAUUUACUUAUUUUUUUACUUCCUUAUUUUGAAAUCAUUGACCUAAUUGUUACUUAUCGACCGGUCCUUCCCUGGUGAUUCACCAUGUAAGUUGGGGGGGUAAGAAAAUGUUAAAGAAUUUAUAUUUAAGUUAUUUCAUUCCCUUUGAUGCCCCCUUUGUAGAUGAGAAACUGAACAAUUGAAUGCUCCAGCUUUUGUGAACAAAGAACCAGUGUAGGCUGCUGCAGGGAGGACGGCUCAUAAUGGCUGGAACGGAGCUAAUGAUUCCGCUCCAGCCAUUACCACAAACCAUCCUCCCCAAUUAAGGUGCCACCAACCUCCUGUGCAAAGAAUGUUUUCCUUUGCUGUGUGGGCAAAAAUGUGGCAUUAUUUUCAUUGGGAUUCAGAAAUAAAGACUUUUUGGACAAAUA